CCGCUCCCCUCAUUAACAUAUAUGCUAUGGAAGCGUUGGCUGUAUUGACAUUAAUUGGCGUUGUUGCCGCUCUCCUAUAGCAAUGUUAGAGUCAUGGCUAUAAACAUACCUUUGGAUACACCUGGCAAUCGUAACAAACUGUAGGUAUUAUUUGUUAUAAAUAAUUUAACAUAUCCCGUAAAAAAAAAAAAAACUAUGGAGAGACCUGAAGAUUGUAUUGGGAUCUUACCAGUCUUCCGUUUUCUUUAAUACACUGUAAACAUAGAAACUGGUGUGAAAACAAACACAAAAAGGUUGGAGAUUGCAUAACUUGACGGCGAUCACCUAAAAGGUUAAUGCCUCCGGAUAUUGUAAAAGAUGCCUAUAGUGAACUGUUUAAUUAUCUUUGUGAUAAAAGUAGGGAUUUUGAAAAUUCUUUCGAUAGAUUCAUUGGUGUCCAGCUUGUGUCUCGCCGUUUCAAAUUUCUCCCAGCCUCAGUUACCACAACACCAAAACAUUCCGUUUAUUAUUUCUCUGUGCUCUCUCAUAACAAUUGCUCUCCUCCUGUCUCUGUCGGUUCCAUUUGUUUUUUGUCCAGCCCUCUUCUUUCUCUUCGCUUUCAUCUCCACUUGUUCUUUAAAAAGCCUCAUUACAACGAAAAAUCAUUUCUUCUCAUACCCUUGUCAUCUGAAUGGUUUUCAACCAUGGGAAAGUGUAUCGAACCUGAAACUAGAAGAAAAUCGCCCAAAACAACUCAUGAUGGUGCCAGAAUGAAACCGGUCAUGAGUGAAGAAUUGGAUUUUACCGCCCAUACACUGUCUUCUGAUCGACUGGGCAAAAUUAUUGAUGAGAUAGAUGACAAGUGUAAUGAAAUGAGAGAUGAACAAGCAAUUCCUGUCGUUAAACUAUUCCCCACCAACCUCUAUGGUGAUAUCAACCCGAUAAAAUCUCACAUCGAGAACACAACUAUAACCACCACCAUCACCACAACCACAACAACAACAAGCAGCUCUAACAGCUGCAAUACCUCCCCUUUUGUUACUUCUGCAUCCCCCCACUGUUUUACCUCCCUUAAGGAGAGUAAUACUUCUACACUUCAUUCUAACCAAGAAGAAAUAGUAGCAUCAAAUAACGACAAAUCUUGUGCAGAUGUGAUCCACACACGAACUCUUAUCAUUGGCUGUGGUGCUUCAAAUAGUAGUAAUCAGUGUGGUGAUACUAUUAGUGCAGCAACUGGCCGCUCAGUUAUUGGUAGCAGUAACUCUAACAGUCACCCUGCUGUUUCUUGUAGCUCUAACAGACAACAAACCGGAGACCCUGUCUCAACAACAAUUGAUAACAACAAGCAAUCUUCUGGCGGCAUUAGUACAAUUAAUGUCGAAGAUUCUUCGGAAGAUACACAACAAAAUCGCGAAAAUGGUCGCAAGAAAGCAGAAGGUGCUGCAGUCUCGUAUACACUACCACUCGAACGGCUUUCAGUCGUUGAUUUAAAUUCUGAUGAGGAUGAGAAAUGUUCUGUUCAACAAUCUAAUGAAGAUUCGAUUAGAUUCGGAAAUUCCAUUCCUAACAAUUGUCAUCGGGAAUCUAAACAGUCAACACAGUAUUCCGUUGAGAAGAUAAACGAUUCUUCCUUGACGUCGGCUUCUGGUGCUAGCGGUCAUCCGAAAGGCAAAAACCAAGAUACCAAGUCACAUUUAUCGAAUAACAGGAGUCUUGAAUUGCCUUUGACGAAUGGAUUAACUCGAAUUGUGGAGAGUAACUUGGCUUCUUGUUGUGAUCUUGGCCAUAACUUUCUUUGCCAGAAUACUACCAGUGGUACAACAACCCCAUCCAUGUCUCCGAUUGACGAUGUCACUGUUAUGGUAGGUAAAAACGGAAAGUUAUCUACUGUACUUGAAAACAUUCCUCUUUUGUACAUCCCCACCACCAAACAGUUGGUGUCUCAGGACUGGAAUUCAGUGACCCCUGGUAGUAUUGAACAUGGCAAACAGAAAGAAAUAGAAUAUGUUCCUAUGACUUGUAAAUUUAAAAACGAAGACAAAUCUUCAAAUUGUGAAAAAGAUUAUGUAGAAGUUGAUCAGAGUCCUCGGAGCACAAGCUGUUCGUUGAACUGUGUGGAUACAUCUAGUCUAUCUAGUCUAAGUACCUGUACAGAUGUUGCUUGCGGUGUUUCGGUGGCAUCAGGGGUCAGUGAUGAAUUCAGUGACAAUUCCGCAUCAACGGGAACCCCAGUUAAUACUGAAGCAACUACUAGUUGUGCAAUUUCUAAUGUUUCUUCUACUGGGACCAACUCGCAGAACUCUACAUUCGAUACUACCAACCCGUUGGAAUCGUGUCUUGUAGAGGUCAACUUACACUCUAGGAAUUCUUACGAACCAACACGAAACCAAUGGCCACCGUCAACACCUCAGGACCAAAAUUUAUUCAUUCGAGAUUGUACAAAACGGAAAAGUAUCGGACUGACAGGAUUUCUUGGCAGGAAUUUAUUCCGUCGCAGCAAGGACACUACAAAUAUUGUUCCAGCCGAAAGUGAACCUGGCUGGAAAUUGUUUGGACGGAUUCCUCCAAAAGAGUCAACACCUAAAAAUCCGUGGCAAAUUUCGGACGAGUACCAUGCUAAACAGAAAGCCAGCCAAAUGGUGGCGGCACGAGCCAGAAAGGACAUUGAAGUAAUGUCCACCACAGCAUUAAUCUUGGAAAACCGCCCUGGUCACCUCCCAUCAAAAGCUCCUGAAGAAGAAAGGAAACACAAGCAAGAAUAUGAACAAAUGGUGGAAGCUGCAAAAAAGAAAGAGCAAAAAGAUAUUCGGCAGAAAAAGAAGCAUCUGCAGCUACAGUUGAAGCAUGAAGAACAAUUGGUUGCAGCUGCAAAGACUUGGAACAGUGAAGUUCUUCCAAACUGGGAAAUUACGAAACAGACAAAAAGAGCCCGUGAAUUAUGGUGGAGUGGCUUACCACCAUGUGUUCGAGGCAAAGUAUGGAAAUUAGCAAUUGGUAACGAACUAAAUAUCACUGAGGAACUCUUCGAAAUUUGUCUAAAUCGUGCCAAAGACCGAAUCAAAAUGUUGAGUGAGGAAUCAAAUGGCUCAUCAGAAAAUACCUCUGACCUUCCGUCCAGCAAGGAAGCUAGUGUGGAUCUGAUAAAAUUGGAUGUUUCUCGCACCUUUCCACAAUUCUGUAUCUUCCAGAAAGGUGGACCAUAUCAUGAUCUUUUACACAGUCUUUUAGGAGCCUAUGCUUGCUAUCGACCCGAUGUUGGUUAUGUUCAAGGAAUGUCUUUCUUGGCAGCUGUGUUGCUGUUGAACAUGGAGGUAGCUGAUGCGUUUAUCUGUUUUGCAAAUCUUUUGAAUGGUCCCUGCCAGGUUGCUUUCUUCCGUGUUGAUGAAGGAAUGAUGAAGUCUUAUUUUGAUACUUAUGAUGAGUUCCUAUUGGAAAAUAUGCCCCAACUCCACCAUCAUUUUGGAAGACAGAACUUGACACCCGACAUUUACAUUAUAGAUUGGAUAUUUACAAUAUUUAGCAGAUCCUUACCCCUUGAUGUUGCAUGCAGAGUUUGGGAUGUUUUUUGCCGAGAUGGAGAAGAAUUUUUAUUCAGAACUGCCUUGGGGAUCUUACACCUCUACCAAAAUCUUCUUCUUGAAAUGGAUUUCAUCCAUCUUGCCCAGUUCCUUACCAAAUUGCCAGAGGAUAUAUCUUCAGACCAAUUGUUUCGCAGUGUCCAAGCAAUUCGGUUGUCUAUUGAUAAAAAGAAAUUUGCUCAAGUACUUGCUGGACAUCGAGAAGCAAGAGAGCGAUCAGACUACUUUUGAAUUUUUACUCAUUGUGAUCAAAUUUUGUUAACUCUGUUGGACACUGGAUUACCAUUUUUGUAUGCUCUGCUGGAUAAUGGAUAAUCUAUUUAUCAUGCUGUACUGGACAAUGGAUUGUUCAUUUCUCAUUACUGGACACCAGAAUCUCCUUCUGCACACACAGACUUGGAUUAGAAAUGUAACAUAUGUAAUUCACUUCUAGUGAUGCUAACCAAGCAAAGAAUAUUACUUUAUGACCAUUCAUCAUUGUAGGGCUCUAUGGAAUUCAUUGACACUUCUGCUUCUUAAAAUAGAUGAAACAUUUCCCUUCACUGCAACAGAAGCAGCAAAUUGUAAUAAUUUACUUGAACUACUCUUUCAACAGAUGAUGUUUACAAUAUCUUCCCUAUUCCCAACAUAAUCACAGUUCCUUGAAUAGGGGGCAGGAAUAUGUUUACAAUAUUCCUCUUAUUUUGUAUAUGUUCCAUUUUAUUAGGAAUUUAUUUGUUUCUACAUCAUUUUUUUUUUCUAAAAUUAAUUUCUGCAGAUUUUUCUUCACUUCAGUUUGCCUUUAUUACAUUUUAAACAUUUGAUACUUAGAUAUCUAGAUUAUCUUUAAUAUUUAUACUCACUGAGUUUUCCUCUCUAUUAUAUUUAUUUUGUUUGUUUUUGGAAUUUAAAAAAAAAAUUUUCUGUGUUAAGUGCAUUUUUUUUUAAAGUUGAUACCCACCGUUAUAUCUUGUACCUGGUGUUUCUAUACCAGUUUGAACAUUGCUAAGUUGACAGCCAUUAAAAUUUUAUCUUCUAUCAGAAUAAACCCAUUAGAAGAAA